CAUUUCCAUUCAAAUUCAAACCGAACUCAAAAACCAAAAGAAAAUGACAUCCAAACCCAAACCCAAACCAACACCUUCACCACCUCUAAGUCCAUUAUUUGAAGAUACACCGAUUCCAAAUUAUCAAAUUAAUAAAACUUAUGGUGAUCGUGAAGAUGUGAUUGCAGAAGCUGAAGCAGAAGAAGAAAACUGGCGUCAAGAGUUAUCUAGAUUAGAUCUUUAUCCUCCUCCUUCUAAUCCGAGUAGAGCGUUUAGUUCGAAUUCUUUAAAUCGUAAUCGUUCUGGCUUCAAUUUUAAUCCAAUAUCUUUGUUAGCUUUUAGAGGUAUUCGAUUUAAAUUAAAUCUUUUGAUUUGUUUUUGGAUUGUUUGGCCAAUGUUUUGGUGGAUAGUCACUUCAAUCUUAUCAGAUCAUCCAUCACUCUUUCCAAUCUCUCUAAGAAAUUCAAAAUCCACCUUAAUCAUCGUAGCACAUCCAGAUGAUGAAUGUUUAUUUUUUGGUCCAACUAUAAUUUCAAUCCUAAAAAAAACUAAAACUCAUGGUGCACUUUUAGUUUUAAGUUCAGGUAAUCAUUAUGGUUUAGGUGAGAUUAGAAGGAUCGAAUUGAAAGCUAGUUGUACAGAAUUAGGUAUACGUGAAGAAAGGUGUGAUGUGAUGGAUAUUUCUUCCGUUCAGGAUGAUCCUGUGAAAUGGUGGCCAACUGAAACGAUCUCUAAAGUAGUUAAAGAUUAUCUCGAUAAAUGGAUGAUUGAUAGUAUUGUGACCUUUGAUGAUCAAGGGAUUAGUGGACACAUCAAUCAUCGAGCAGUAUCAGCAGCAGUCACUCAACUUUCACUUUCUCUAAAUGCAACAAGAUCCAUUACCACCUCAUCUAAACAUCUCAAACCUGCUCCAAGUCUAUAUACAUUAAAAUCGGUGUUUGUAUUACGAAAAUAUUCAGGAUUAUAUGAUUUACCAUUUAGCUUAUUAAGGUUUUUACCUAAUUUGAUCUUUGGACCUAAUUCACAAAUCACAUUAGAUUUAGUACCAGGUUAUGAUUCGAAAACUGAAUUGAAUUCUAUUGAUUCUGAAAAAAGAAGAAAGUCUAUCACUCUAAGUACUGAGAAUGGUUUGUUGAUCAAUAGUUUAUGGGAUUAUUUUAAAACUAGAAACUCGUUUUGGAAACAUAGAUCUCAAAUGGUUUGGGAUAGACAUUUAUAUAUGAUCUUAUCUCGUUAUAUGUACUUUAAUACUAUUGAACGUGUGGUUUGAUUUUUUUCCAAAAACAUCAAUGGAUUGAAAGAUUUUUUUUUGUUUCAAUUUGAUCAUCAUCAUUUCAUUUUAUUUUGUUUUGCAAAUGCAUGAAUCUCUUUUGGGUAGUUUCUUUUUUUUAACCAAAAAAAAUCUUGUUUCAUAUCGAUUUCUGUUUUUGUGUUGAAUUGAAUUAGCUGUAUAUAUUCUGUAAAUAGCCUUCUUUUCUUUAUCAAGAAUUGUCACUUGUAGAAUUGGAAGUUUUUUUUAAAAUGCUUUGUGGGUUAUCUUUUGUUUGAAAAGUUGUCUUUGAUAUAGAGGUGGUUAAGAGGUUUUGAA